GUGCCGCAUGGCCGCCGGCUACGAGCUGCUGAUCCAGAAGUUCCUCAGCCUGCUAGGGGACCAGAUCGACAUGCUCAGACCGCCAAGUCGUGUAGGGUGCAGGCUCUUCGCCGAGGAUGGCGAUCCAGUAUAGACCCUGCCCAAGGGCUUCCUGGUCAGCGAGCGCUGCAAGGUGCCGCUGGUGCCGCUGCAAAUCCAGAUGACGACUUUGGGCAACCUGACACCCUCAAGCACUGUGUUUUUUUGUUGUGAUAUGCAGGAGAGAUUCCGGCCUGCCAUCAAAUACUUUGGUGAUAUCAUCAGUGUAGGUCAACGACUGCUCCAAGGUGCACGGCUCUUAGGAAUUCCAGUCAUUGUAACUGAACAGUAUCCCAAAGGUCUUGGCAGCACUGUGCAAGAAAUUGAUUUAACAGGAGCAAAACUCGUGCUUCCUAAAACAAAAUUUUCAAUGGUAUUGCCAGAAGUUGAAGCAGCACUAGCAGAGAUUCCUGGAGUCCGCAGUGUUGUGCUGUUUGGAGUAGAAACUCACGUCUGCAUCCAGCAAACAGCAUUGGAAUUAAUUGGCAGAGGUCUGGAAGUUCAUAUUGUAGCUGAUGCCACCUCAUCAAGAAGUAUGAUGGACAGAAUGUUUGCUCUUGAGCGUCUUGCUCGUACUGGAAUUAUAGUUACUACUAGUGAAGCUAUUUUGCUGCAGCUGGUAGCUGAUAAAGAACAUCCAAAAUUCAAAGAAAUCCAAAAUCUUAUUAAGGCGAGUGCUCCUGAGUCAGGGCUCCUUUCCAAAGUUUAAAAAGGAUGUGGAGGAAGCAAAUGUCAUUGUCAUCUUUAAAUAUUACGGGAAGCUGUAAGUGCACAUGUACACCUUCUUUCACACUAAGUUUGGCAGCAGUGUAAAAUUAAAAAUUAACAUCCUUGUGCUUGCCUUAGCAAAAAUUGUCUGGUUAUAUUUCUGGGUGCCAGUAUGUUUUGUUUAGUCACAGCUGUCAGAGGCUUUGGGUACCAUAGGACCCUUUUGUUGUCAGAUUUCAAUAUUUAUUAAAAACAAAUAAGCAAACACAAAUUAACAGAGGUGCCUGCUAGUCUAUCCUAUACACUGAUUGUAACAGCUCAAAAAAGUGCAUAUUUAUGUAUAACUUCUUGAUAGUGCACUUUGUAGAAAUAUUCUGUGAUUUACUUUUUUAUUAAUAGAAGAUAAAUACAUGCUGGAUAAAUGUGAUGUGACAUGCUUUAAUGUUCUACCUAAAUCAAGUAUUUUAAUAGGACUUAAAUUAAAAAGGAAUAAAUUAUCUGGAAUACCUGUGUAUGCACACGCAUUUGUUCUUUAGGGUACAAUUUAAAUGCUUUACUUAGUAGACAAGAUGCGUAGAUCAAGCAGCUGCUUAUGUUUGGUUGCUUUCAAUAGCUGAAGCUUGCAUCAUAAUUUUCAAUUAUUCUGAAACUGACUGGCCAAACCUGUACUUCAUUUAAGUAGACACAUACAGAAAGUUGUCAUUUAAUGAGAUCUUUAUAAACAACUGGUUUAAAUCAUUCAGAACUAACAGAUUACCAAAACUUUAAAUAAUUUGGCAAUGUUAAGAAUUUAAAGAACAAAAACUUUUCAGCUCUGACUGCUGAAUCUACUACUGUAUUUAGAGUUAUUUUGUUAUUUUUUUUUACCCCAUUUUGGUUACAUUUAGUAAUUCCAUUGGAUUUACUCAUUUGGCCAAGCAAGCUUUGAAACAAACCUCAGCUUCUCUAGGUUUGUGCUUAUUUUUGUAGGCUGCAGUUGGGUGGAGUUUGAAUGAAACCUGGCCUAAAAGCAUAAUUCAGAAAAAUUGCAUCUGUAACUUAUUGAUAUAUAUAUUUUCUAUCUUAAAGCAAACUUUUAACACACAAUUGUUCAUGAAGGCACUUCCUUCAUGUUCCAUAGUUUAAACAAUGUUAUAUAAAGUUUACAGUGUAAGUGAGACAUUUAUUUUUUUAAAUGAAUACUAGAAGAUGUCAUACUGAACAUUUAUCUUUUUGGUAGAAAACUAAUUACAGUACAUGUAUGUUUUUAAAUUGCUUAUUUUCCCCACAAGAUGUCUCUAAAAGAAUUGUUUCAGAGUUACAACCUUUAUAUGUUCAAAUCAAAUAAAAUGUUAACAUUUGCUGUC